AUGGUCCCUGGGCUUCUGACAGCCAAGACCCAAAAGGAAUCAGUGACCUUUGGGGAUGUGGCUGUGGACUUUACCCCCGAGGAGUGGGGGCAGUUGGACCUUUCCCAGAAGGAGCUGUACAGGGAGGUGAUGCUCGAGAACUACAAGAACUUGGUCUGCCUGGGACUUGCACUUUCCAAACCAGAAGUGAUCUGCCAGUUGGAGCAGGGGAGGAAACCUUGGAUUCCUGCAGGAGAAGGCCCAGGAUUUAUCCAUACAGAUUGGAAGAGUCAGCAAGAGUCCAUGGGAUCAUCUCAAAAUCUGGACAUUUCAAUGGAAGAAACAUCACCAGAAAGACUUAUAACGGAUGGCUCCUUUUUCUCCAAAUUGAGCAAAGCCUGGCAAUGUGAUGGCAACUUAGAGAUGCAAAAGGACUCUGAGGAGAAAUACUCCUGGCCAGUCAAAACCAUGGAAAAGAAACUUGCUAGUGUAUCAAGAAACCAUGAAUAUAAUAGGCAUGGUAGAGUCUUUAAUCCUAGGCUAGUGCUUUUUCCACAACCAAGAAUGGGAAAGGGUCUUGAUAUGUAUGAUACACACAAAAUGAGCUGCAGACAGUAUACAGAUAUGAGAAAAUGUAAUGCAAUGUGCUCAAAGACUUUUUCUAACUAUAAUGGAAGUAGGAAAAUUUUGAGGUAUAAUUCAGGCCUUAUUGAAAAUUGUAAAAUAGAUACUGGAGAGAAGCUUUUUGAAUUUAAUGAAUGUGGGAAUACCUUCCAUCAGAGCACAGGGCUGACUGAACAUCAAACAAUUCACUCUGGAGAAAAACCUUAUACAUGUAAUGUAUCUGGGAGGACUGAUAAAUUGACAACUCAGUUUACUCAGCAUCAAGGAACUGAUCUAGGAAAGAAACCUUGUGAAUGUAAUAUAUGUAGGGAGGGCUUCAGUCAGAGGUUAGAACUUACUGAGCAUCAGUUAGUUCAUACUGGAGGGAAACUUUAUCAAUCUAAUAAAUGUAGGCAAGCCUUCCAAUGGAAGUUAGCUCUUACUCACCAUCAGACAAGUCAUACUAGUGAAAAAUCUUACAGAUAUAAUGAAUGUGGGAAAGUAUUCCAUCAGAAGGGAGGACUUAUUCAACAUCAGAGAAGUCAUAUUGGAAAGAAACCUUAUGAAUGUAACGAAUGUGGUAAAGUGUUCUCCCAGCGAGCAGGACUUACUAAACAUCGCACAGUUCAUACUGGUGAGAAACCAUGUGAAUGUAGUGAAUGUGGAAGAGCCUUCCGAUUAAAAGACCAGCUUAAUGAACAUCAGAGAAUUCAUACUGGAGAGAAGCCCUAUAAAUGUAAUGAAUGUGGGAAGACUUUCUGCAGGCGUUCUAACCUUAAUGAACAUGAGAGAGUUCAUACUGGCGAGAAACCAUAUGAAUGUAAUGAAUGUGGGCAGACAUUCCCAAGGAGGUCAGCUCUUACUAAACAUCAGAGAAUUCAUACGGAUAAGAAACCUUAUAAAUAUAAUGAGUAUGGGACAACCUGUAGCCAGAAGACAAAAGUUACUCAACACCAGAGAAUUGAUCAUGGAGAGAAACAUGAAAAUGACCAACAAAAAACAAUUCUGAAUAGUGAGAAACCUUACAAAUGUAAUAAAUGUGGGAAAUCCUUUUGCAGGUCAUCAAACCUUACUGGACAUGAAAGAAUUCAUACAAGUAAGAAAUCUUUUGAUUGCAAUGAAUGUGGUAAGGCCUUCCGCUGGAAUACGGCUCUUAUUAAACAUCAGAGAAUCCAUACUGGUGAGAAACCUUAUAUGUGUAAUGAAUGUGGGAAGACCUUCAGGUGGAGUACAGCUCUUACUAAACACAGGAGAAUUCACACUGGUGAGAAACCUUACAUAUGUAAUGAAUGUGGGAAAGCUUUCUGCAAUCGAUCAAACCUUAUUGAACAUGAGAGAAUUCAUGCUGGGGAGAAACCUUAUGAAUGUAAUGACUGUGGGAAGGCCUUUUACUGGAGUACAGCUCUUACUAAACAUCAGCGAAUUCAUACCGGUGAGAAACCUUAUGAAUGUAAUGACUGUGGAAAGGCUUUUCGAUGGAGUACAGCUCUUAACAAACAUCAGAGAGUGCAUACUGGUGAAAAGCCUUAUGAAUGUAAUGAAUGUGGGAAGGCCUUUUUCUGGAGUGCUGCUCUUACUCUCCAUCAAAGAAUUCAUACUGGUGAGAAGCCUUAUGAGUGUAGUAAAUGUGGGAAGGCCUUCCGCUGGAGUGCAGCUCUUAAUAAACACCAGAGAGUUCAUACUGGUGAGAAACCUUAUGAAUGCAAUGAAUGUGGGAAGACUUUCUACUGGAACAUAGCUCUUACUAAACACCAGAGAAGUCAUACUGGUGAAAAAUCUUAUGAAUGUAAUGAAUGUGGGAAAGCCUUCCAACUAAAAGGACAGCUUAGUCAGCACCAGACAGUUCACACUGGUGAGAAACCUUAUGAAUGUAGUGAAUGCGGAAAGGCCUUCAGCCGGAAGAUAAGACUUAUUCAACAUCAGAGAAUUCAUACUGGUGAGAAACCAUAUGAAUGUGAUCAAUGUGGAAAGGCUUUUCGACUAAAAGGACAGCUCAAUCAACAUCAGAUAAUUCAUAGUGGUGAGAAACCUUAUGAAUGUAAUAAAUGUGGGAAGGCAUUCACCCGAAAGGUUAGACUUAUUCAACAUCAAAGAAUUCAUAGUGGUGAGAAACCUUAUGAAUGUAAUGAAUGUGGGAAGGCCUUCCGAAUAAAAGGAAAGCUUAGUCAACAUCAAGCAAUUCACACUUCUAAGAAACUUUAUAAAUGUAAUGAAUGUGGAAAGGCCUUCAGUGAGAAGAUAAAACUUAUUGAACAUCAGAGAGGUCAUAAUGGGUAGAUUAUAAAUAUGGUGAAUGUGAGGUCUUCCACCUCAGUACUUCUCUUAUGGAACACCAGGAAAUUCAUACUGGAGAGAAGCUUUGAGUAUGAUGAAUGUAGGAAGGCUUUUAGGCAUGGUUAAGAACUUUAAAAAUAUCAUGGAAUUUAUGCAAAGAAAACUUAUGAUUGUUAAAUGUAGAGGGUGGGUGAAGUGAGGCUAACACCUGACCACACAACUCAGUAUGCAUAAGAGUAUUCAUGCUGGAAAGAAGUAAAAUGUGGGAGGGAGUGCUUCUUAAACUUCUUGCUAAAUUUUUAUAAAAUCACACUUUUUAGAAACCUUGCAGAUUUAAUAAAUGUGGAAAGUACUUCUCCUUG